UUACGCUUAGACAGCUAGUGUCGAGCCAUUCAUUUUAGCUAAGCUAACUGCUUCAUCACUGCCUGGCAGUUUUACUUGUAGUAGGACAGUUAAAUAGAAAAUGGCUCUGCUAACGCCAUUAUUCGCAUUCCUGUACCACCUGCCGCAGGUGUACAAGUGGCUGCUAAAGCCCUACUAUGUAGCCUCUCUCUUCAUGUCUAUUGCCUUUCUUGCUAUCCGCAAGACCCCUGGCAUCUGUGACCAUCUGGCUACACAGCGAGAGGACGGCAACUCCUGCGACUUCGACUGGAGGGAGGUAGAGAUCCUCAUGUUCCUCAGUGCCAUCGUCAUGAUGAAGAACAGACGAGCAAUAACGGUGGAGCAGCAUGUGGGCAACAUCAUCCUGUUCAGCAAAGUGGCCAAUGUCAUCCUGUUCUUCAGACUGGACAUCAGGAUGGGACUUCUUUACCUGACACUCUGCAUAGUGUUUCUGAUGAUCUGCAAGCCUCCUCUUUACAUGGGACCAGAGUACAUCAAAUACUUCAGCGACAAAACCAUUGAUGAUGAGCUGGACAAAGACAGUCGUGUGACGUGGAUUGUUGAAUUUUUUGCCAACUGGUCUCCAGAGUGCCAGUCCUUUGCUUCUGUCUAUGCGGAUCUUUCUCUCAAGUAUAACUGUUCUGGUCUCAAGUUUGGCAAAGUGGACAUCGGACGUUAUGGAGAAGUUUCCAAAAAGUACAAGGUGUCUACAUCUCCGCUGUCCAAGCAGCUUCCGUCCUUGGUGUUGUUUCAGGGUGGGAAGGAAGUGAUGCGGCGCCCCCAGGUGGACAAGAAGGGUAGAGCCGUGUCCUGGAGCUUCACUGAGGAGAACAUCAUCCGAGAGUUCAACCUGAAUGAACUCUACCAGAAAUCCAAGAAGUUCAACAAGACCAAAGAAGACCAGGUCAGCAAAUACCAGUUCCCGCCGGUCCCCGAGGAGGAUGAGCCUGAGCAGCAAGGAGCUCAGGCAGAGGUGGUGGAGUCUGAAUCCAAGAAGGACAAAUAAGCCGGUUCGUAUCACUCAGCUUCCAACCCUGGAUGAAAUGUGUGGGUCCAGGUCAGCUCCUCCUCCUCCACCUGCCCUCGCAUCUUCAAAGUGAAUCAUAACAGGGCCAGCGUUGCUGCAGAUCAUCAUGAGAUUUUAAACACAGUACUUUGGCCUCCCUUCAGCACCAUUUAACCCUAACUACAGUUAAACACAAUAAUUCAUUGUUUUCCCUCUAUGAAAGAGUGUGUACUUUAGCAGAGGAGCAAACUGGGACACAGUAAAGCAGCUUUUGGAGGGGUUAAUGCUCAAACCUGGGCCAGAAUAAUGCUGUAGGGCCUUGAAAUGUGAUAUGCAGACCUGCCAUGUGCACUGGGUUAUACAGUCUACACCACACAUUUCUGAUGGUUAAAGCUGUGAAGUCUGAGUGACUGCUGAUUUAGGAGGAAUAAUUAACAGUAAGGGAUCAGUGAAUGUGAUUCUACUUUGUUUUAGAUUUUUUUUUGCAACUAAUUGAAGUAGAUAAACAUAGAUUU